CCCCUUCUCUCUCUCUCUCUCUCUCUACCUCUCCCCCUUCUCCUCCAGCCCCAAACCCUAAAAUUCCCUCCAUGGCGGCGGCGGCGACGGCGUCUGCUGUGGCGCCCAGGGCGCGGCAGCCCCCGGGGCGCGGCGGCGUGGACGACGAGAACCUCGUCUUCGAGACGACGCCCGGGGUGGAGGUGAUCACGAGCUUCGACCAGAUGGGGAUCCGCGACGACCUCCUCCGCGGGAUCUACGCCUACGGCUUCGAGAAGCCCUCAGCGAUCCAGCAGAGGGCCGUGAUCCCCAUCAUCAGGGGCCGCGACGUCAUCGCCCAGGCCCAGUCCGGGACGGGGAAGACCUCCAUGAUCGCCCUCUCCGUUUGCCAGAUGGUCGACACCGCCGUUCGAGAGGUCCAGGCAUUGAUUCUCUCUCCCACCAGAGAACUGGCUUCUCAGACUGAAAAAGUGAUAUUGGCUAUUGGUGAUUUCAUAAACAUACAAGCUCACUCCUGUGUUGGUGGAAAGAGUAUUGGCGAGGAUAUUAGAAAACUAGAGUAUGGAGUUCAUGUUGUAUCAGGGACACCUGGCAGGGUCUGUGACAUGAUCAAAAGAAGGACACUGCGUACAAGAGCCGUCAAACUCCUAGUCCUUGAUGAAGCUGAUGAGAUGUUGAGCAGAGGAUUUAAGGAUCAGAUAUAUGAUGUAUACAGAUAUCUUCCCCCAGAUCUCCAGGUUGUUCUGAUAUCUGCAACCCUUCCGCAUGAGAUAUUGGAGAUGACCGGCAAAUUUAUGACUGAUCCUGUUAGGAUACUUGUGAAGCGUGAUGAAUUGACCCUCGAGGGCAUCAAACAAUUCUUUGUUGCUGUUGAGAGAGAGGAGUGGAAGUUUGAUACAUUGUGUGAUCUGUAUGACACCCUCACUAUCACGCAAGCUGUUAUUUUCUGCAACACCAAGAGAAAGGUUGAUUGGUUGACUGAGAAAAUGCGUAGUAAUAACUUCACGGUAUCUUCUAUGCACGGAGACAUGCCUCAGAAGGAACGAGAUGCUAUAAUGGCGGAGUUCCGAUCAGGUGCAACACGUGUUUUAAUCACUACAGAUGUGUGGGCUCGGGGUCUUGAUGUUCAGCAGGUUUCUCUAGUGAUAAACUAUGACCUUCCAAACAAUCGAGAGCUCUACAUACAUAGGAUUGGUCGCUCAGGACGUUUUGGGCGUAAGGGUGUGGCUAUAAAUUUUGUGCGCAAAGACGACAUCAGGAUUUUAAGAGAUAUCGAGCAGUACUACAGUACACAAAUCGAUGAGAUGCCCAUGAAUGUGGCCGAUCUUAUUUAAACACUCAUUGGCAGUGUGAAGGCGACAAAUCUACCUACUUUGGAAUCAAAACGCGCCGAAAGUGUAGACUGCUCUUGCUGUGUGUGGUUGUGAAGGCCGUUCUGUCUGGGUUUCAUACUUUGCUUCAUUUCACCAGGGGUAGUAUGGUUUGCUUAAUGUUGGUGAUGGGAAAAAAAGGAGCCAAACUGACUAGAUUUUUAAAUUACAAAGCAUGUAUAAGAUUGUCUUUGUAACAGCUGAUGGGAAUUGAUUUGCAAGUAUGCUCUGAGGUUCUAGUGGUGUGGUUCUGUUUUUUUAAUUACUGUUUUGCCGCUGAUGUUACUGUAUGGUUUACGUCGAAAAACUUGCUCAUGGACUAGUUUCUUCCUGAUUUA